GCCAAGUAGCCAUGCAAACGGAACAACGGGCUAAAGAAAUCUUGCCUGCCAUCUCCCUUACGUGUCACUCACUCGGUACCCUUUCUCAUCUACAAAUACCACCACCUCCCAGUCGCCACUUCACCUCAAUCCACUAGCAAUAAACAGCCUGUAUCUACACCAUCCAUGGACAAAACUUAUUUCCUGCUCUCUUUAUCUCUUUUUCUUGUUCUCUUCCAUGGCUCCCUAGGUCGUAGAGCUGAUCGCCCAUGUCAGCAGCAGCAACAAGGCCAGUGCCAGCUUGAUAGGCUUAACGCCCUCAGGCCUGAUGACCGCAUUAAGUGUGAAGCUGGUGUGAUUGAGUCCUGGGAUCCCAACCAUGAUCAGUUUCAAUGUGCUGGUGUAGCCGUUGUCAGAAGGACAAUUGAACCCAAUGGCCUUUUAUUGCCAUCCUAUACCAAUGCUCCUCAACUGGUGUACAUUGUCCAACUGAUCUGUGUAUGGUUCUUUUUUUCAGGUAAGGUCUUGACCGGGACCUUGAUGCCUGGAUGUCCUGAAACAUUCCAAGAAUCUCAAGAAUCGCGAGGACAAGGCAGCCGCAGGUUUCAAGACCAGCACCAGAAGGUUCGUCAAUUCCGCGAGGGUGAUGUCAUUGCUUUACCCGCUGGAGUUGCCCACUGGUUCUUCAACGAGGGCAAUGAGCCUGUUGUUGCUGUUUCUGUCAUUGAUGUUGCUCAUAGUGCCAACCAGCUUGAUGUCCUGAGCCCUAGAAAUUUCUAUCUAGCUGGUAACCCAGAGGACGAGUUCCGGCAAGUAGAAGACCAGCCACGCCGCCAUGGCGAGCAGCAAACAGGACGGGAAUCAUAUCGCGGGCAUGGCCAGCAACAAUGCAACAACGUUUUCUGUGGAAUGGACACAAGGUUCCUUGCUGAAGCUUUCAAUAUUAAUGAACAAGUAGCAAGGAGGCUUCAGGGUGAGAGUGACAGGAGGGGCAACAUUGUGAGGGUGAAAGGUGGACUUCAGAUCGUCAGGCCACCCAGUUUGAGACAAGAGGAACAAAUUCAACAACAACGACCUGGAGAACAAUUCAAUGGCUUGGAGGAGACCAUGUGCACAAUGAGGAUUGGAGAGAACAUCGGUGAUCCGUCACGUGCUGAUGUGUUCACCCCAGAAGCUGGCCGCAUUAGCACUGUCAAUAGCCACAACCUCCCAAUCCUCCGAUACAUCCAACUCAGUGCAGAGAGAGGCGUUCUUUACAAUGAAGCUAUGAUGGUGCCACAUUGGAACCUAAACGCUCAUAGCAUAAUGUAUGCGAUCAGGGGUCAAGCACGGAUUCAGGUGGUGGAUCACAGUGGUCGAACUGUCUUUGAUGGCGAAAUGCGCGAGGGACAAGUCUUGACCGUGCCACAAAAUUUCGCCGUUGUGAAACGGGCUGAGCAAAACAGGUUCGAAUGGGUUUCCUUCAAGACCAAUGACAAUGCCAUGAUCUCUCCUCUUGCUGGUCGCACCUCGGCUAUCCGUGCCAUGCCAGCCGAAGUUCUUGCCAAUGCCUUCAGAAUCUCAGUAGAAGAAGCUAGGAGGAUCAAGUUUGAAAGGCAGGAAACCACUUUGGUUAGCCUCAGGUCGUCUCGAUCUGGAAGCUGGGCUGAGGCAUAGAUGAGUAUAGAUGGGGUACUGUUGUUUAAUGUGAUGCUGCAUGCAGGCAGUAUCUUUUUAUGAAGAAAAAAUAACUCAUUC